CGGAGCGCCGGUGUUGCGAGUGCGACCUGUCGAGGCGGAUGAAUGGCGUAUUUAUGUGUUUUAACGCGCGACAUCGCCUAUGUUCCGGCCUCCCGGCACCAUCGUGAGCCGCGUUCACCCCACGAGCUGCCUGACCUGUCCGAGGAGCGCGUCCUCGCGCAUUUCGUCAAUUCCAAGCCGACGGGCCUCGGCGGAGCCGCGUCGCAGAGAUCGUAUCGUCGCUCGGGACAAUGUUUACCAAGAAGAAAAAGAAACCGCAGAUCUCCACACCGACCAACUUUGAGCACAGAGUGCAUACCGGAUUCGACAAACGCGAGGGCAAGUUCGUCGGGCUGCCCCUGCAAUGGGCUUCCAUAGUUGGGAAUAACCAGAUCCUGAAGUCGACCAACCGACCACUGCCCUUAGUCGAUCCAAGCGAGAUCACACCUACCGAGAUCCUUGACUUGAAGACCAUCGUGAGAGGCCACAAUGAUCCUAGGAUAAGUAGACCGCUCGCUACUGACCGAACUGUAGAGAAUGGCCUGCCUAAGAUCAGUACAGUUGCCCGUUCCAAUUCUCUACGUUCCUCGAGUCCACCACGACUCAGGAGAGAUUACAGGCAUAACAGCAAUCUUCCGCCAUCCGUCCCCGAAGGUCAAGAGAUACCUUCGAACGUUAAUCAGGGCUUUACAAACUUUGGCAAGCCGCAUAACUACAUCGAUAAACUAAGACAAAAUUCCCCGAGCGUUGGCAGUGGACUAAAUUCCAGCAUGCAGAACAUGAUUCCAAAUCUUCAAAAUCUCAAUCCUAAUAUGCAAUCCUCGCCAAAUUUAACUCACUCGGGAUCAAAUGUACCAAACUUAUCCUUAAAUUUCCAAAACUUAAGUCCUAUUGUAAAUUCACAAGCUCCAGUACAAAAUCCAAAUAACCCGCAACUCCUCGAUACGGAAUUUCACAGACUAAAUUCGCAAAUGGCUAUGACAUCAGGCCAAUAUAAUGGCAAUGUACAGGGUUCAACUAUGGAGGCGUCGAGGGAACAUCAAGUUGGCCAAAAUGUCUUGUUACACAAGUUACAGCCAAAAAUUUCGCCAGUGGGUUCAAUAGCUUCGCAACGACCUCUGAGUCAAUUGAGUUCACAUAAUAUUAAUAAAUAUUCUCAGGCAUACAUGUCUGAAAAUCCAUCCAACCUCCAAUCGCAUUUGAAGAAACCGAUAGAAACUUCCCAAUCGAUGCAUAAUUUGUCAAAGCCGAGCAUCCCGUCCGCAGUAUCAGGGACCAGUUCUACUCCAGAUCAAAACCAAAACAUGAAAAGUGCCGUCUCCUCAGGGAACUUGGCGGUUGGUGCAAGUUCGAACAAUACCAAUAAACAAACGGAGCAGAGACUUACGCACGAACAGUUUCGAGCUGCUUUACAGAUGGUGGUGAGUCAAGGCGAUCCAAGAGAAAAUUUGGAGAAUUUCCUGAAGAUUGGCGAAGGCAGUACAGGAACUGUAUGCAUAGCUACGGAUAAGAGUACAAACCGUCAAGUUGCAGUCAAGAAAAUGGAUUUAAGGAAACAACAAAGACGCGAAUUACUUUUUAACGAAGUCGUUAUCAUGAGGGACUACCAUCAUCCAAAUAUAGUCGAGAUGUAUAAUAGUUUUUUGGUAGACGAUGAAUUAUGGGUAGUUAUGGAGUAUCUAGAGGGAGGUGCACUAACUGAUAUCGUAACACACUCAAGAAUGGACGAAAGUCAGAUAGCUACAGUAUGUUCUCAAUGUCUCAAGCCACUGGCGUAUUUACAUUCACAAGGUGUUAUACACAGGGAUAUUAAGUCUGAUUCAAUAUUACUUACGGCCGACGGCAGAGUAAAACUGUCAGAUUUUGGUUUCUGUGCUCAAGUCUCUCAAGAAUUACCAAAGCGAAAGUCUCUCGUAGGAACCCCAUACUGGAUGAGUCCCGAAGUUAUUUCAAGGUUGCCAUAUGGACCUGAAGUGGAUAUCUGGUCGUUAGGAAUAAUGAUCAUUGAAAUGAUCGACGGUGAGCCACCAUUUUUCAAUGAGCCACCUCUACAAGCUAUGAGACGCAUCAGGGAUAUGCCACCACCAAAACUAAAGAAUUUUCAUAAAGUUAGUCCACGCCUUCAAGGUUUCCUUGAGCGAAUGCUCGUGCGUGAUCCAGCGCAACGGGCAACGGCAGCUGAAUUAUUGCAACACCCAUUCCUUAGGCAGGCUCAAAGUCCUAGUAUCUUGAUUCCGUUAAUGAGAGGCGCCAGACAUACAAAUUGUUGACGAGGUUACACCUUUGUAAGCUAGAACGUUAGUCAAGGCAGAUAUUUCAUUACCAGAAUAAUCAUAUCCUCGACAAUGUCGUGUUAAGCUACUUAUUCGCUAAAGGCAGCUUUUGGCAGUUUAUGAAUUAUUUGAGGAGUUCCGCCGUCUGGACUCUUAUACAGAGAAUUUAAAUAUUUUUUUUUCUUUUUUGCGAUAGACACGACCGAUUGAGAGAUGAUAAUAUUCGAUAAAAUUCACACGUAUCAAUGUUUAAUACCGUAUAAUAUUGACGCUUCAGAAUUCUUUAAUUAUAAAACUGACAUCAUUUUCUGAAACUAAAGACAAUAAUAUUAUUCUAUUAUUCGCAGAUUUUUAGAUUUCUGCAUAAAAUUUCAAGUUCUAAUACACAUAAAUGAAUUCUUUCGGUCGUGCCUAAUAUACGUAUGUAAUAUAUGAAUUUAUAACUAUAUUUUAGAAAAUAUUAAAUAGGAAAGUCUUCAAAUCUCAUGAUCAUUAUCAAUUGUUGUUUGAACUUUACAUUCCAAUCGGGCCUGAACUUGUAAGUAUUAUUUUGAAAAUAGUUUACUACAUUCCAGAGUAUUGUUUUAUAUGUAUUAUUUUAGUAACUUGACAAGUCUGCAUUUAUGAAAAAUGAUAUAAUAUAUCAAACAUUCCUCAACUAUUGGCACUGCCGAUGUUUGAUUCGCGAUAGUAAGAUCAAACAUUGUUAACAAUGUUAUAACAGAUAAUUCUCUAAUUUUGAGAUAUUUGCAAAAUGCAUUUUCACUCAAGUGCCUUUAUGAUUAACACUAUCGCAACGAUUAACUUGUCAUUAUAAAGCACUAUUUAUUAGCAGUAAUGGGUUUUAGGCAUAUUGAAUUACUUUGAAUAUGACGAAAACCUAAAACUGCUUCAUAUUAUUCCAAACGCAGAUCUAUACAGGGUGUAACAUAAAUGUGGGCCGCUAUUUCAGAGGUGUAUUCUAUUCAUCAAAAUGAGCAAAAAAGUUCAUGUAAAUACAAUUCAAUUAUUAUUGUAUAUUAAUUUCGAUAUUUGAAUUUAAUAUCAAAUAUUAAUUUUGAUAUUUGAAUACUUCUAAAGGAAGUCUUUCUAGACUUUCUUUUUUAAAUAAUAUUCAAAAUAAUUCGAAUCUGUACGUAAUCAAAUUGAUUCAAAGUUUUCAAGCAAGAAAUUUGAAUCCCCAUUAUUACUUAUUUGUAUAAAAUGUUCCAACCAUGCAAUAUUUUUUCACUAUUACUGUCUUGCUAAAUUUAUUAAAAGCCAUAUUUAAAGUGACUUAAUCAGUAUACUUAAUUUUAUUUUUUCUAAAUAAAAGUAUCAUAUAUAUAUAUAUAUAUAUAUAUACACACCUUUUUGACCAUAUAUUGUCAAAGAUACACCUCAACUGUGAACUUUUGUAAUAUUGUAUUUUUAUUUUGCUAAAAAGGGUUAACUUUUGAUCAUCUUUAGAGCUUUAAAGACUGGGAUAUAUAUUUGAUUAUUAACUGAAAUUAAUAUUGAAAUAACUUGGCAGUAUUGCAAAGAAUGUCCAGAAAGUAAUGUAACAAAUCUUUUUUUCAUUCGCAAUUUAUUAGUAGUAAUAGUUGUAGUGUUAAUAGUAUGUAAUAGUAAUAGGGUAGUAAUAGUAGAGUAAUCGUAGUAUUAGUAUCUUUAUUGUUUCCCUCAGGAUUAAAGUGAUUUCUAUUUCCUUACUUAAUUUACUCUAAUUUAUAUAGACUAAGUUCAAUUCAAUUACAAAUUCAUAAUUAACUUAAUUGUUAAAUUCUGUGUAAAAGAGGCAUGCAAUUGUGAAACAGAUAUGCAGUUCAAUACAUUACUGGCGUGCUUUGCUUAGACAUUAUUAUUAUUAGACGAUCUUACUGAAUGACCAAAAAAUAACUUGUUUGUUCUUGAUGCGUUGCGAAAUAAUAUCAAUUGACAGUACU